UAUACAGCAAAAAAGUUUCGCUGCCGAAGCAUUCUUGGAAUUGACAUUGAUUCUGAUCGAAUAGAGGAUGCAAACUGGCAUCUCAACAAAUUUGAACGUGCUGGGAAGACACAUGCAAAGGCUUCAAAAUUGGAGGUUUCAAGGAGUGCAAAUGGUUCAGAGCAGAGUGUUGCUGCAUCACCAAAUGAAGAGAUGAUGGAAAUUUCUAGGGACUGUUCUUCUACAGAAACAAAUCUGUUUCACAUGGUCUCAUUCCAACAAGAAAAUUUUGUUCAGAGUAGGUGUCCACCGGAGAAGAAAUAUGAUACUAUCCUUUGCUUGAGUGUAACAAAAUGGGUUCAUCUGAAUUGGGGUGAUGAUGGAUUGAUUACAUUAUUUUCAAAGAUUUGGAGACUGCUUCGUCCGGGUGGUGUUCUUGUGUUGGAACCUCAACCUUGGAAGUCAUAUGAAAACAAUCGUCUUGUGUCUGAGGUAAUCAUUGUUUUUGCAUCUCUAAAUGAUAGCUAUUUUAUAUAUGGACAACUAAUUAAAUGUUUAUUUAUUAAUAUGUAAUCAUAAGAGGUGUUG